CUCCACACGAUGUAAACGUAAACAAAAAACAAAAAAUACAUAAGUCAAAUAAAAAAUCAACAUUCAAAAAUUUUUAAUUGGGCGCUUUGAAGUGAAAAUACGCCACCAAAGGCUGAGAAUUUUCGUCGAAAUAACAAUAUUCCGAUCGACCGAAUAUUGGAUGCGCGUCAAUAUUUGACCUUGUCGAGUUGUGCCUGCAAAGGUCACAUGACGAGCCGCGAAUGAGUCACGACGGACGAGGGGCGUACGAGUGAAUUGAAGUCGCUUUCGGAAUUGGAAGAAGCCAAAAUGCCCGCGGCGUCCGAGCAGAAGUACUCGACCGGGACGGGCCUGGUGUACAUUUUCAACCUGAUCGUGGGCACGGGCGCCCUGACGCUGCCCUCGGUGUUCAACAGGGCGGGCUGGGCCGUUGGCGUCGCGCUCGUCCUCCUGCUCGCCUUCAUGAGUUUUGUGACGGUGACGUUCGUGGUGGAAAGCAUGGCGGCGGCAAACGCGGUGCUCAAGUGGGACAAGCUGCAGGCCAGGGCCUCCCCCGCCCAGGACGAUGCUCAGGGCGAGGAGCAGCCUGCGGAGGAGGACGAGCCUCUGGUGGAGCAGCGGGACGGCCACACCUCCCUCGCCUACUUCUGCCUCGAGCAGAAGGUCGAACUGGGUGAGAUGGCCAGCCUGUUCUUCAGCAAGUGGGGCCGCGUCCUCUUCUACCUGUGCAUCGUUGUCUAUUUGUACGGAGACCUGGCCAUCUACGCCGCCGCCAUCUGCAAAUCCAUGACUGACGUCAUUUGCACCCUGAACGUGGUGAAUGGCAGCGUUAACACGAGCGUGCCCGAGUGGGCGGCUUGCUGGCCUGUGGAGGGAGAAGAGGGGGAGGCGGAGAGCGGGGGGUGGCGGACGGCGAGCCGGAUGUUGGUGUAUCGGAGUUUGCUGGGCGCGUUCUUGCUGCUGGUCGGGCCGUUCGCCUUCUUCAACGUGCAGAAGACCAAGUACCUGCAGAUGGCCACCUCGGCCGUGCGCUGGACGGCCUUCGGCACCAUGAUCGGCCUCGCCAGCAGCCGCCUGGUGGCCGACGGCCCCCAGAACCACCCGCCCGCGGCCGCCCUCGCCGGCGUGCCCGCGCUUUUCGGCGCCUGCGUCUACUCCUUCAUGUGCCACCACUCCCUCCCAGGGCUGCUGACGCCAAUUUCGGACAAGGCGCGGCUGCAGCGGUGGCUGUGCCUGGACUACGUCCUCGUGGCCGCCUUCUACCUGCUGCUGGCGCUGACAGGGGUGUUCGCGUUCGCCCACCUCGAGGACCUGUACACCCUGGUCUUCUGGCGGCCCGGCCAGCCCCUUGGCUACUUCCUCGCCCUCUUUCCCGUGCUCACCCUGAGCACCACCUUCCCCGUCGUCGCCGUCACCCUGCGCUCCAACCUGCGCGCCCUCGCGCCACCCGCCCUCGCCAACGGCCCCUUCAAAGGCGUGUUGGCACUGGUGGCGGUGCUGCCUCCGCUGGGGGUAGCGUUCAUGACGAUGGACCUGUCGGUGCUGGUGGGCGUGACUGGGACGUACGCGGGGGCGGGGGUGCAGUACGUCAUCCCCGCGCUGCUCGUGUGGUGCGCGCGCUCGCACUCGCAAAGGCUGCUUGGAGUCUCGUCCUCCGAGAGCCGCGCCUUCGCCUCGCCCUUCCGAGGACCCUGCUGGGUGGGCGCGGUGUUACUCUGGGCCGCCGCCGCCGUCGUCCUCGUCACCCUUAACAUCGUCGAGAAGUUUGAGGGCAAAAUCAAAGCUGCAGACUGACUUCACAGACCAGACAACUUUUAAUUCCGAGGCAAGACUUGAUUAUUACUUAGAACGCGCGACAAUAUUUUAUCUCUUUGAUUAUAAGUGAAGGAAACGCUCAAUAGGGCAUUUACCCUGGCAGGGUUGAUUUAGUUUUAAGCAUAAGUGCCAAAUUCAAUUUAAAUUGUACAUGGAAAGGUUCGUUCAUGUAUCUGCGAAUAAACUCGUUGAAAUGGAAUUUUUUCAGUAAUA